AAUGAUCAAAAACACUGCGAAAAACAAAAAUGGAAUUAUUACUCGGGCAACUAUCGACUUGAAAAAAGAUUUGAAAUUCGUAAAAUUGACCGCCGUAUCCAAUUUGGCCGUUCAAAAUGGAGAAAUGCUCGCGGCGGUCACUGAAAAGCUGCUCGUUCAUUACAGCGAAGGCACUGGGGAGAGGCAUCAAGAAAUGUCACUUCCUCUCAACGGCCCUGAUCACGUGGCAUAUAUCCAUCUUUCGCGUACCGGAUUCCACGCAAUUGUAUCAUCAAAACUAGGCCAUAACUUCUAUAUUCAUCUGAAAAGCAACGCAUUUCAUCAUUUAAAGAAACUUCGUUGCGUGGUGACUGCUGUUGGAUGGAAUCCGGAUUAUUCGAAAGAAACCGACACAACUGGACCGAUCCUUCUCGGAACCGCUCAGGGAUCAAUAAUUGAGCUGAACGUCGGAAGCACUGGAAUGAUGACGACACUGAAAGAACUGACGUCACAAGUUGCUCAAAUCGCCGAGCAACGGAUCACAAGCGCCCCGUCACCGGCAGCAGCGAUUACAGAUAUUCAACUAUUCCAGUUGGCGGAUGAUGAUCCGAAAAAUAAGAAAUGGAUGGUUAUAAUCGCUCAGAUGGCUCGCCUGAUCGUUCUGAUCACAGAUAACGAGCCGGCGCCAGUUGUAAAGCUCGGAGGAUUCACGAGCUCUGCGUCUCUUCAAGCAGGCUUAAUGAAUCUUGCAACAGAACAAGCUCCUUCUACAACAUUCCAUUCAUUCUUCACAUCACCAAAUACUCUACAACACACGAUAAGCUCUUCGAAAUUCUCGGAAAAAUUCAAAAAUCACGGAUUUUUGACGAUGCACCCGACUAUUGCAGAGCCAAAGAGAUAUGCGUGGCUUUCGCCGGAUGGAAUUUCGAUUGGAAAUGUUAAUAUUUAUGCGGAGAGGAUUCAAGAUGUUUUAGUGGAAGAGUUCAAUAUUGAGCACCGCUUGAUUGAAGGCCGCCUGGAACCUCCAACAGGAAUCGCUUUGACCGAUUACCACGUGCUUCUUGCCUACUCUUCCCGGGUACUUGCUCUGUCACUUCUUCCACCACAUGACGUCAUUUUCGAAGAUCCUUGGAACCCGGAACUCGGUGGAGCAUUGGGUUUUGUCAGUGAUAAUGUCGCUGAAUUUGUAUGGCUCUACACUCAAACCUUUGCAAUGAAAUAUGGGACAAAUGAUGAGGCUCGAUACAUUUGGAAGACUUACUUGGAUAGAGGAGAAUAUCAAAAAGCACUACAAAUUGCUAGAACUCGGGUUGCAAUUGAACCGGAUGCACUGGAAAUGGUUUUGAGGAAGCAGGCGGAUUUUUAUAUUCAGGAGAAAAACUUCACCGCGGCCGCCGAAAUCCUUGCCCAAUCGAGUGAACCGUUCGAAAGCGUAGUUCUAAAGUUCCUCACCAACUCCAGUGAACGAAAAAUGGGCCUAAAAACCCUCCUAGACAAGAAGCUCGAGCGGCUCACCCGCCACGAGGAUAAAAUCCGACGGGAUGCUCUGGUAAUGUGGCUGCUCAAUGUGCAAUUGGAAGAGCUCGCCGAGAUGCGACGACUCAAGAAUAGCAAUCCGGAUCCCGCAUUUGUGGAGAAACUUCGAGACACUACGGAUCAUGUUCAGCGAUAUUUUAUGCGAAAAAAUGUGAUUGAAUCGAUUCAAACGAAUCGAGAUGCGGUCUAUCGGAUGUGUGUAGCUCACGCGGAUUUUGAAAUGCAACUUUUCUUUGCGAACGCUGUGAAGGAUCUACGUACCGUCAUUGAUAUUCUGAUGCUCCGCGAGCAGUACUUUGAAGUGUUAGAAGUACUGAAAAAUCAGCGGAUUUCUGAGUUGACGUACGAAAUGUGCCCACUUCUUAUAGAACAUAUACCGAAGCAGGUUAUCGUGUAUCUUAUCCAGAAUCAGGAUCAGAUUUCGCCGCAAAAGUUGACGCCGUGCUUGUCGCUUUGUGUAAAGAAUAUGGAAAUGGCGAUUCCUGCGAUCAAAUAUUUGGAGGCACAAUUUAAAGGAACACAGACGAUUUCCCAAAAUCCUCAAAAUCUGGCAAAUCUCCACAACAUCUACAUCCAUCUAAUGGCAAAAUUCCGGCGAGAAAAACUGCUCGGAUAUCUGGAAUCGCAUGGAACUAUUCGCUCCGACCUCCCAUAUGAAUUAGAUUUUGCAAUGAGAACGUGUGAACAAUUUAAAAUUGAACCAUGUGUUGUAUAUCUUUUUUGUGUUGCUGGAAUGUUUGGUGAUGCUGUAGAAAAAGCAUUGGGAUUUGAUGUUGAUUUGGCCAAAAAAUGUGCUCUAAUGAUGGAAGAAGCUGAAGCGAAUUUCGCGUGGUUGGAGGGAAUGGAGGAUCCGGCAGCGACUAGUUAUAUCAGGCAGAAGUUGGAUGAGAAGGCGAAGAAAGCCAUUUGGUUGAAAAUUGGCCAGUAUUACGUCACUCAAGAGAAUAAUGUCGACAAGUGCAUCGAAUUAAUCAACGAAUCGAAUCAUCUUCUGACAAUACAAGAUCUUCUUCCAAUUAUUCCAAAAUUCACUCGAGUUGGUGCUCUCAAACCGAUUAUCGUAGACUUUUUGAAACGAAACAAACAACGUCUCGAAAAACUGGAACGAUCAAUGAAAGAAGCCACUGAAAUUGCUUCAGAAAUCCGUGAUAAACAAGAAAAACUGAAAAAUCGAACGACAGUUGUGAAGCCGUCGGAUGUUUGCUCACAUUGUGCUCGGCCAAUUUCUGGAAGAGCUUUCAAUGUUCACUCGUGCCGUCAUUUUUUCCAUCGAGAAUGCCUUGAAAUCGCUAUGAUUUCAUUUUUAUCGCAGGAAGAAGUUGAAAAAAUGAAGACGCUGAUAAUUGAUGAAGAACGAGUUUUAAGCCAAAUGAAAGCAGAGCAGUUGGCUGGAAAUCAGAAAGGAUUUAUCGAGAAACAGGAGAAAUAUCUGAAAAUUGCGGCUUUUAUCUCGAAUAUUGUUGGAGCAGAGUGCCCAUUGUGUGGAAAUAUUGCCAUUUCACAAAUCGACAAACAAUUCCUGAGCGAUGAAGAAUUCGCGGCCGACCUCAACACCUGGCUUCUAUAAUUUUUUUUUCAAUUUUACUAUUAUUCUGUAAAAAGCUUAAAAUUUUAAUUUUUUAUUUAUUUAUUGUAUCCCAAAGAUUACUUCGCGGGUCAUUUUUGUAAAAUUUAAAUAUUUAUAUUCUAUGAUUUUUAGACAAAAAGUGCCUUGAAUAAAAUUUAUUAAAUA